UUCUUUUUUUUACACAAUUAAAUUAGUCUUGAUAUAAUGCAUAUUCUGAAAUUGACCUAUACAAUAGUUAUAAUAUCUGGAUGUUUUCGACCGCAAUCGUGGACAUCUUUAUUUAAACGGACAGUUUAUAAUAUCUACAGAUUAUAUAUAAUUACUAUGAUAUGCACGUUCACAAUAUUGCAAGUUAUGGAUAUCAUCUUAUACGCCAACGAUAUUGAUGACGUUACAAAUAAUUUGUAUAUGAUAUUGAACGUAGCAUCUUCAUGUUACAAAAUAAUUAUAAUGACUUUAAAUUAUGAGAAAAUUGUAGCAUUAAUUAGCUAUCUAAUCGAAGAACCAUUUAAACCAUUAGAUUCGGAUGAAAUAAAAAUUCGACAACAAUAUGAUCAAACUAUACGGAACAACACAUUACGGUACACAACCUUAGUGGUAGCAGCAACCAUAUUCGGCGUUUUGUUUUCGCUAUUCACUGAUUUUAGACACAAACAGCUCAAAUUUAAAGAAUGGGAACCAUUUAAUUCUUCUUCUUACAUGAUAUUUUGUUUUCAAUAUGUUCGACAAAUAUUGAGUGGAUGUCAUAGCGUUGUUGUAAGCGUUGCAACAGAUAACCUCAUUUGUGGAUUUUUAAUGCACAUAUGUUGUCAAAUUGAAAUAUUGGAAUAUCGUUUGAAGAAAAUUUUGAGCAAUCAAGUUACUGUGGGUUACUGCGUAGAUCAUCAUAAUCGAAUUUUUGAGUUUGCACAGAUAAUGAAUGUAGAAUUUACAAAAGUAAUCGGAUUUCAAUUUGUGGCAAGUGCAAUAGUAAUUUGCUGCAAUUUGUAUAAACUGAGUGUUAUGUCAACUUUAAAUGCAGAUAAUAUUUGGUUAAUUAUGUAUACAAGUUGCAUAUUAACUCAGAUAUUUAUUUAUUGCUGGUUUGGAAACAAAGUCAAAUUAAAAAGCCUUCAAUUAAUUGACAGCAUUUUUCAUAUGGAAUGGCCAAUGGACAAUAGUGUUAAGAAGAACUUAUUAAUGAUUAUGAAACGUGUAAUGACACCUAUUGAAAUUUCUACCGUAUAUAUUAUUAACAUGAACUUGAAUUCUUUUGUAACGUUGCUUAAAACAUCAUACUCUGUUUAUAAUUUAUUAGUAAGUACAAAUGGAUAAAAGUAAUUAUUGGGCAUCAAUUAUUGUUACUUCAUUGCUAUAUGAGCAAUUCGCUUGUAUAUGAAAAGUGUAAUGCGCCCAUAAAUCCUUCACUUAUAUGAUCUACGUUGUUUUGUCUCACAAGUGUCAUUGCAUUCAGUUACAAAAUACUUUUCCUGUAUCGCUUUUGAAUAAUACAUGUGUCGUGUCAA